AUGCCACCUACACUAGGCCAGCUAAAUGCACAACAAUGCCGGACCUUCGUGCCAACACUUCAUACAACGCCUUACCCAGCCAUUGACCCUUCACUUGUCAACCUUCCAUCGCCUUAUGUGGUCUGCAUUCUUGGAGGCCACGGAGCAGCAGGUGGUGGUCUAGCCCGAGCAUAUGCACGAGCUGGAGCAUCUGGCAUAAUAUUAGCCGCGCGGACUGUUUCAGCUCUCGAGGAGACAGCCAGCGAGGUGCGCUCAAUCAACCCACAAACAAAAGUUGUCAUCGUGCAAUGUAAUAUUGCUUCAGAUGAUGAUGUCAAGUCUCUUGUUGGUACAGCGAAUUCAGAGUUCGAGGGACGUCUCGAUGCCGUGGUCGCGAAUGCGGGAUAUUCUGGCCCGUUAAUCGCAGAUGUUGUUCGGGAAAAACCAAGUGAUAUCCAAAAUGCGUUCGAUGUGAAUACCGUUGGACCAUUUCUCGUGGCGCAUUAUCUGCUGCCUUUAUUAUUGGCGACGGACUCAGGAGCUAAUUCAUUUAUUACUAUCAAUUCGAUGGGUGCUCCGACUGUUGCUGGCCCAAGUGGCCAUGCCUCUUACUGUGUGAGCAAGGCGGCUCAGGCUAGGUUGAUCGAGAUGAUCAAUGAGCAGUAUAGUGGGCAGGGACUAUUUUCUGCUACUGUUCACCCUGGUGGUAUGAGAAGUGGAUUCGUGAAGGAUUUACCUGAGGAGAUAUUGAAGUUGCUGAACGAUAGCCCGGAUCUUGUUGGGGCCUUUUGUGUUUGGCUAUCCAAACCUGAUGCCCCUCAAAUCCGACGAGAUAUAUUAAAGGGUCGCUUUUUGUCUUGCAAAUGGGAUGUUUCAGAAUUGGAAUCUCGUUUUGAUGAGAUAAAAGAGAAGGAUCUUCUCAAGUUUCGAAUCGCCGUAGAGUGA